CCCUUCACGGAGGCCCUGCCGCCGGAGCCUCGGCAGCACCGGCGCCUCGUGAUGUCACGGCAGCUUUGAUACAAAGAGCCCCUUCGGCCCACGCGGGUCUCCCGGCAACGGGUGCAGGCGGAGGCGGGACCGGCGGCUUCCACUGGUGCGGAGCAGCGCGCCGCCCGGAUUGUUUUCGGAGGACGGUGCUGGCUUGGUCCCUGCGCGCCCUACCCGACCCGACUCGACUUGCGCCCGGCUUCUAUUCCAUCUGCAGCAGCCCGAUCCGCGGUCGGUCGGGGGAUGCGCACCCCGCCGGCUUCCGGAUGCCAGGCCAGCGACAUCUCCAGCUCUACGUUUGCUGAUGGCGAGCUCCUCCCCAGGGAACCCGGCUUCUUCCAGGAAGACGAGGAGGAAGCAAUGACACUGGCCCUGCCUGAGGGACCCCAGGAGUUAGAAAUGGACACCCCCAUGGAGAGCAGCCAGGGCCUGGAGGGUUCUGGCAGGAGCCCUGGCGAUGAGAAGGAGCCUGAGCUGGGAGGUCUGUUCCUGCCAGAGGACAAGUCCCUGGUCCUCACUCCAUCCAUGACCACAUCAGACCUUUCCACUCACUCCACCGCCUCUCUCAUCAGCAACGAGGAGCAGUUCGAAGACUACGGAGAGGGGGAUGACGUGGACUGUGCUCCCAGCAGCCCCUGCCCCGAUGACGAGACCAGAACCAACGUCUACUCAGAUCUAGGAUCGUCAGUGUCUUCCAGUGCGGGGCAGACCCCAAGGAAGAUGCGCCAUGCCUACAACAGUGAGCUGCUGGACGUGUACUGCUCUCAGUGCUGCAAGAAGAUCAACCUGCUGAAUGACCUGGAGGCCCGGCUGAAAAACCUAAAGGCCAACAGCCCCAACCGGAAGAUCUCAAGUACAGCUUUCGGACGGCAGCUCAUGCACAACAGUAACUUCAGCAGCAGUAACGGCAGCACCGAGGACCUGUUCCGGGACAGCAUCGACUCUUGCGACAAUGACAUCACGGAGAAGGUGAGCUUCCUAGAAAAGAAGGUGACAGAGCUGGAGAAUGAUAGCCUGACCAGUGGGGACCUGAAGAGCAAGCUGAAACAGGAGAAUAUGCAGCUGGUGCACAGGGUGCAUGAGCUGGAGGAGAUGGUGAAGGAUCAGGAGACCACAGCAGAGCAGGCACUGGAGGAGGAGGCGCGACGACAUCGUGAGGUCUACUGCAAGCUGGAGCGGGAGAAGAACACGGAGCUGGAGCUGCUCAACACCAGGGUGCAGCAGUUAGAAGAAGAAAAUACUGAUCUGAGAACAACGGUGGCUCGACUGAAGUCACAGACAGAGAAACUGGAUGAGGAACGGCAGCGCAUGUCUGACCGUCUGGAGGACACCAGCCUGCGCCUCAAGGACGAGAUGGACCUCUACAAGCGCAUGAUGGACAAGCUGCGGCAGAAUCGCCUGGAGUUCCAGAAGGAGCGGGAAGCCACGCAGGAGCUCAUUGAGGACUUGCGGAGGGAGCUGGAACACCUGCAGAUGUACAAGCUGGACUGUGAGCGGCCAGGUAGGGGCCGCAGCGCAUCCGGCCUUGGCGAGUUCAACGCCAGAGCGAGAGAGGUGGAGCUCGAGCAUGAGGUCAAGCGUCUGAAGCAGGAGAAUCACAAACUGCGGGAUCAGAACGAUGACUUGAAUGGGCAGAUCCUGAGCCUCAGCCUGUAUGAGGCCAAGAACCUCUUUGCCACCCAGACCAAAGCCCAGUCUCUGGCUGCAGAAAUCGACACGGCAUCUCGCGAUGAGCUAAUGGAGGCCCUGAAGGAGCAGGAGGAGAUCAACUUCCGACUGAGACAGUACAUGGACAAGAUUAUCCUGGCUAUACUGGACCAUAACCCCUCCAUCCUGGAGAUCAAACACUGAGCCAGGGCUGGCUGCAGAGCGGCCAUUGGACCUGGGACCUAGGGGUAGGCCUGCCUGAAGAUGAAGAUGCAGGCAGGACCCCACACUCACUCUGUAAAUGUACCUCUGACCACCCUGUGUGUGUGUGCUGGUGUGUGUGCGGGAGACCGUUCACACAGGCAGAGGAGUGAGCUCGGGGCCGUGGCUGUGGGUGACAACCCAUGGUGAGCAGUGUGUGCACUUUGCAGCCCCUUUGUGAGGCGCCGAGGGGGCUGGCUAUGGGAGGGACACUCUCAGGAGUUACAGCAAGGACUGGAAGCUCGCAUUUAGCAUACUGAUGAAAUGAUUCUACCUCUGUGGAUAAGGGUUAGCAGACGCUCUCAGGAGAUGUAUCGUCCGUCCCGUCCCCCGUCCCCCCGAGAGUGGGUACAAAAUUGUUACAUUCUCCAGAAUUUGGUGUCCUUGCCAGCCUUUCGGGCUACCUUUCAAACCCAGGUUUUUUAAGCUCAGAGGAGGAAGGGGUGUUUGUGGGUAGCCCUCUGGGGUGCAGGUACAUGGGGUCCAGUGGACUCAGGUCUACAGCUGGUGUGCUCUGUCCAUGCCUUUGUAGUUUUCCAUGUCCUUCCCAGCCUUGCUUUCCUACCUCCCCUUUCUGGUUUGGCUUCAGUUUGUUUUGAAGACAGGAAAUAUGCACAGCAUUCACUCGGGGUGGAAGGAAGGCCAAGAAGAAGGGUGGAGUGCCCAAGGCAUGUGUUAACACUGGGGGCCAAAGGGAGUGAUUGCCUGGGAGACACGUGUUCCCAUGGCUGCAUCUUAACAGUGUACAGAUGCGCCUCGGGGAGGGAGGUGGGGGGGGGUAGCCACGCCCCUUCUUGCAGCUCUCAGGCACACCUGAACCUGGACCCCCACUAGAGAGCAGGCUCUGCUGCUAGGAGGUCCCGUGGAGAACACUGGGGGAACCUUAGUCUUCCUUGCUGUGAAUAUGUGGUGGGCAUUCCCUCCCGCCCAGAUUUUUUUUUACAAAUGUGAUCUUUUGUUGAGGCAUCUGGGCAUAGAUGCUGUACCUGGACUGUUGCAGUUCAUCUCAGUUUAUAUGGUUUGUGAUCGGCUUCCUCUUCCCCAGUGCAGAUAAACAUGGAUGGUCUUAAGUCUUCCCCUGUCACUUGUUUUCUUGAGCACAUCUUGUGUAAUAGAAAGGAAGGUCUGGAGAUGUUGGGGAGGCUAGUGAGCAGCAAGGUGUCAGUGGGGGGUAAAGAAGGGACAGAGGCAGGGCUGUGGCCUUUCAGCCCCCUCACUGUGCUGCCUUUAGCUCUGCAGAUCUGUUUUAAUUGUGUGCACAGAGUUGUCUUGUGCUGUGUAGAUGGCGGGUGGGUUGCCUUGCCCUGGCUGCCUGGGUGAGCCAAACUAGGAAGACAGGAAGGCUUGAUCUUAAGGUGCAGGUCUCCGUGAGCAUUCCCUGGGUCUAGGAAGACAGAGAAGGGCUAGGUAGGGAGACUUGAGGAUGUGUCAGUAGGAAGGUUGAUCCAGGUGUCAUGCUGGCAGGAGCGGGGCAGAGGCCAACUGAGUGUCAGUCCUGGUCUGUGGGGGCUGCUUUGUACUUGAAAUUGUAUGGGGCUCCAGUUUCACUGGUGUGUAAGUUUCCAGAGAGGCCACAGAGGCCAGUGUCACAGCGGAACAGAGGAAGAAGGAACUUCUGUCAAGGCAACACACAGGCUUGGCCCACAUUGUUGGGCUGCAAGAAUGGGAUCCCUGAGGAAAUGCCAAGUUUGGAGGCCCCCAUGGACAUGGACCCUUACUGUAGGCCUCUGGAAGUUGACUUCUGAGGGCAGGACUGGCUUCCAGGCCUCACACACCUCAGCCAGAAUACACUUGAGAAAACUUGUUAACUUGGCCUAAGAUCAUAUGUGUUGUUUCUUGUAGUGGUGGCAGUAGGUUUUUGUUUUAUUUUGGAGACAGGGUCUUACGCUGUAGCUCUGACUGCCCUGGAAUCACGGUAGGCCUCUUGCCUUCGCCUCCAGAGCUCUGAGCUUACAGGCCUUAGUCACCACUCCCAGUUUGUUUUUAAAAUGUUUUUCUGGGCUUGAAAGCCCAGGGUUCCUAGUGCGACAUCACUCUUGAGAGAUCGCAGAACUCUCCUUGGUUGGGAGAGUCUGACUUCUGUUCUGCCUCCCUGGCUCACUUUCCGUUUGGUUAGAUUUGAAUUUCAGAUAAACAAGUGGUUUUAACGUUUAGAAUCACGAUGUUCCAAGUCAUGCUUGGUACUUUGGGAGCUUUUUACUAUUCUGAUCCUCACGUGUUCUAACAGUUGGUAGAGGUGUGGCCCAGGCCUCGGAAUGCUUUAAGAAUGCCCCAGGUGAUACUAACUUAGCUAAGUGUCCUCUGCCGGGGUAUUGCUUUUGCCAGAUCAGACAACUCCCUCGGGGAAGGGUCUGCAGGAUCCGAGGAGGCUGGGGUGGUGCAGCAGAUGCUCUUUUUAUGUGACGCUCAGCGUCCUUGUGUUCCAUCAGAAGCCAAACAGAGUGAACUAAUGUGUUCCCGUGUCUGUUUCCUUUUAGCUCAGAAUAGCUGGGUUUUAUUUUGAACUGGUAGCUUUCCUUGAGAUUCUACAGAAGAAAUUCCUUUUUAAACUUUUAUUUUUGACAUGCCAAAAACACAAAGCUCAAGAACCAAGCAGAACACCAGGACUCGAGACUGGGUUCUCCAGUUUGGCUGUGUGCUGGAGUCACCCGAGGAAGUUCUGAGAAAACAUCUGAUGUGGAGGGCUUGGGAGUGUGGCACAGGGGCAGAGUGCCUGGUGUGGGGCUUCGUCUCUGGCUGCGUGACAGGAGCUGAUGAUAGGACCCACCCCGAGUCCCUCUGUGGCUGGCGGCCUGGGUAGCAUGUGUGGCCCAGCACCUGUAUGUGCAUCGCUCAUCCCGUGCUGUUCAUGUGCGGCUCAAGUAGAGAAACCACGUGAAUGUCUGCAAGCUCGAGCAGGGCUGUUUGAGAAGCUUGUCUUAGACUGAGGUGAUGGAAGGUGGAUGGCUUUGGGUAAUUAUGCCCCAGGAGAGAAUCCAGCUGCUCUCACUAGCCUGGACAUCUGUAUCCCCUAGUGGCUCCCUGCCUGGGAUACCCAGAAUCGCAGGAAACAGGUGCCAGCUGUCGAGCCCAUUGCAAAGUGGGGGCAGGUAAUGAGGUGAGAACUGGGCCCGGACAGCAGCGUCAGGUGCAGUGGCCUCUUGCCUCUGUGGCUUUGUCCAUGUUCUGUCUGCAGUGAGGGUGUCCCAGUUGCUUCUGUCAGUGUCAAAUCACGCAGUUCACGCCGUGGAGGCUCUGGGUGAUGCUCCUAUGGGUAGUCUGUGAUCGUGCUGGCUCCAGUGGUCCAGGGGAUGUUGUUACACACUGGGCUCUGUAGGGGAUCUGCAGGCUCUUCAGCAAGGCCCCCGGAAGCAGGGGGAAUUACUCCGUGAGGCAUUGGCAAAUUUCCACUUACGUAGACAUGGCUGAUGGGACCUGGGAAAGGUUUAGGGUAGUCACCAGGCCAGCCCGACAGAUACCCAGUGACUCUGUAGAAGUUAAGUGAAGCUCCUUAGGGCUUCAACGCUGCCCCUUCUUCCCAGUCUUUCCUUCUACCGUCACUGGGGUCCAAGGACUUGCCUCUGGCGGCUCCUCGGGUUGGUACACUAACGUGUUCACCAAGGGGCCUCAAGUUAAGAGUGGCCAAAUCUUGACAGGACCUCCCUGUCCUGCCUCCUGUCUUGACUUGACUGUGCAUGUGAUGGGUAUGUUGGGGAAGGUGGGGCCAGCCUGCCCUACCUUCAGGGCAGGACAGCUUGUGGCUCUGCUGUCUCAGCUGCCCAGCUAAGAAAACAGCCACUUCUAGAAGGCUUUGUUUCUGAAAGCAUAGCAGGGUGACAGCCCUUGUCACCCUAUUCACCAGGAGCUGGGUAUCUUUGAUGUACUGUCCUUGUGGGCUGCUCUUCCCAUCGUGACUGUAAUGUAGGGAUGUCUACCCCAGAGGUACCAGCUUGAGGGGGGCAACAUCCCAUGCCACCUCUCUGAUGGCCCUGCCUCUUGCUGGGGCCAUCUGCUUUCCUGUUCUGCACAGGCUGGGUUUUGUCUGCAUGGUUUGGGGUCCUUGUGCCUUUUUUCCCUUGUGGACCACACAGUAUUCUGUUAUCCACUGCCCCCUUUUGUACACCCCCUUACCCAUCUCCCCAGUCCUGUGUGUACUCAUGUGUGCAGCCAUGUGCCUCCACUGAGGCCGGUUGGCAGACCCUGCUUCCCCAUAGGUCCCCCAGCCUCUGUUGACUUGGUAACUUUUGUACAGAAUCUUUUGUUACAGUCUUAAGCACAGGGAACACUUAGUCCCUGUGUACCUGCAGCUAGUUUAGAAGCUCUGCGUCCCAGACAAGGGUAGCUUUGUGUAGGCCAGCUUCUUCCACAAGCCUCGUCUGUGUGGGUGUGGCUAUUUAUAGAAGACAGAUCACCUUUAACCCGGCACUGGCCCCAGCAGGGGGUUACAGGUCUGCCAGACCCCAUGCAUGGCUCUUCUGGAGGAAGCCCCAGCCAUGUGGUUUCCAGUGCUCUGCAAUACAUUUGGGUUUAGGGCCACUGUGUCUGGUGUCUCCCCCAAUCCCCGUGUGUGCUGAAGGAAGUCACUUGCUACUGUCCCUGCCUACUCUUAUCACCUGCCUAGCCCUCCCUUGUCUGCUGGUGCUCAGACCAGAGUGCCUUUACUCACCAGACUGAUGUCAGGACCUGGACAGGACAGGACAGCGUGUGCCGAGGACACACAGCCUGCUGGCUCCCAACUUCAGCUCUUCGCGCUCUGGGGCUGGGCCUGCUGGGGCCCAGGUGGAAGAAGCUACCAGCGAUAGGUUCUGAUUUUCCAGGAAUUCCAUCUGGGGCUUUGCCCCAGAAGCCAGUAAUUGCAAAUGGCUUUAGCAAUUGGGGUUGGAAAGGAACUUCCACUUUAGACCCCAGGGAGGGGAGAGGGGUGAAUCCCAGGCCCUGAACUGUUUGCCUCCAGCCUGUUCUGUCCUGAAACAGGCUUUCAGCGUGGGCACCUUCCAAGGAACUGUAAUGUACAGACCACAGUGUAAAUAAAUAGUUGGCUUUUUGUUCCUGA